GGCGGGUACAACCAACGCUCCUGUCCCGUCCUUUGGCUUUUUAUUUCUUUCUCUCUUUAAAAACUUCUGCUGUCUCUCAAUGCUUGUCCGUCACUUCUCUUCUUCAGUCUAUUCUUUGCCUCCCAAUUUCACCUUUUCCACUACCAAACACCGACCGACUCUCUCUCUCCCUCUCUCUCAAAAAGAAUUUUUGGGACUCUCCGCUUUGCUUUCUUAUUUAUUUAAGUUUUUAGAAUUUUAAAUUCCAACAAAUCCUUCAUUGUCACGCAGCUAUAAAUACGCUCUCUGUUUCUCUCGCUUUACUCUCUCUCUGGCCAGAGAUUCUUUCGUUGAUACUGAUUAAGGUUUGGAUGCUAAGUGAAGAAGGAAAUGACUACCCAACUUUUGGAGAUUGAGCCAAAGGAACUUAAAUUCGUAUUUAUAUUGGAGAAGCAAUGCCACUGCUCGGUUACACUUACAAAUAACACUAACCAAUAUGUUGCUUUCAAGGUUAAAACGACAUCCCCUAAGAAAUACUGUGUGCGGCCUAAUGUUGGCAUUGUAAUGCCAAAAUCAGUACGUGAUUUUAAAGUUACCAUGCAAGCUCAGCGUGAAGCCCCUCCUGAUAUGAUAUGUAGAGAUAAGUUCUUAAUUCAAAGCACAGUUGUCCCGGUAGAAGCAACUGAUGAAGAGAUUACGUCUGCCACAUUUGUCAAGGACAGUGGAAGAUAUAUUGAAGAGAACAAGCUUAAAGUUACCCUUGUCAGCCCUCCUCAUUCGCCAGUAUUAUCACCAAUUAACGGGACAAUGAAUCAGGGAAUAGAUUAUGAUGCUUCAAUUGCAAAAGAGCCAGUAUUCAAUAAAGUUGGGAUUAUUGCACCGCUGCUGACGGUUGCCAAGGUUGAGGAGUCAAAGAUGAUAAAGCCUACAAAGGAUAUGGAGUGGAAGCCAAGGAAGGAUAUGUUCUAUGCAGAGGAUUUAAAGCCAACGAAGGAUGCAGAGCUGAAGCUGAGGAAUGAUGUUAAUAUUGAGGACUUAAAAUUAACAAAAGACAUUGAGCUGAAGAAUGAUGUUAAUGUUGAGGACUUAAAAUUAGCAAAAGACGGUGAACUGAAUCCAAAGAAUAAUAAUUUCAAUAGCAAGGAGUCAAAGCCAGUGAAAGAUGCAGAAUCAAAGCCAGUGGAGGAUAUUCUUGAUACUGAGGAAUUGAAGUCAGUGAAGCAAAAGGAGUUCAAUGCAUUGAAGGAUGGCAAGGUGAAAACAUUGAAGACUGUGGAGGAGAUAAAGUUUGCUAAAGAUGUGGAGGAAAUGAAAUCAAAACUAAAUGACCUUGAAUCUAAGCUAGGCGAGGCUGAAGCUACCAUUUCAAAACUGACAGAGGAGAGGAGGUUGAGCACUCAAGAGAGGAAGAUCUUACAAGAGGAACUAGCGCUAUUGAGGAAAAAGACAAAUCUAAGAAGAGUUCAAGUGGGAUUUCCUCUGCUAUUUGUCUGUAUGGUAGCACUCAUCAGUGUCCUCAUCGGAUGCCAUUUGCACCAUUGACAAAGAGCCAUUCCAUGUCAUGCCGUUGCCUUCAACAAUCAUACAGGGUUUGUUUAUAGUUAGAACUCUAGAGUAUGAAUACUCCUGAUCAAAGCAUGAGUGCACAAAAAUUUGCAUGUAAAGGUUUGUGUUUACCUGUUUGGCCAAAAAGGAAAUGAAGAACAUACGAGGUUAACCAGUAGAUUAGGAACGGUUUUUUGUUGAUAAUUAUUAUCUUAAUCGUGGAAUUUUUAU